AUGAGGAGACAUAACCGCACAGAGGUGAGUGAGUUUUUUUUUCAAGGAUUCUCCAGUUUCCAGGAGCAUCAGAUCACACUCUUUGUGGUCUUCCUGGCCCUGUACAUUUUUACCUUGGCUGGCAAUGUUAUUAUUGUGAUAAUCAUACGAAUUGACAGUCAUUUGCAUACACCUAUGUACUUCUUUUUGAGCAUGUUAUCUACUUCUGAGACCUUGUACUCAUUGGUCAUUAUCCCACGAAUGUUGUCUAGCCUUGUAUCCAGGGAUAUGUCCAUUUCCCUGGCAGACUGUGCUACUCAAAUGUUCUUUUUUGUCACCUUUGGCAUCAAUAACUGUUUCCUGCUCACAGCAAUGGGAUAUGAUCGUUAUGUGGCCAUCUGCAACCCACUGAGGUAUACAGUCAUCAUGAACAGGAAGGUGUGUGUCUUACUGGUAUGGAUGGCAUUUAGCAUUGGUCUUAUUGUAGCAGUGACACAAGUGACCUCUGUAUUUAGGCUGCCUUUCUGUGGUGAUUUCUCAAUGCAGAAAAAGAACUACACACAGGUGACCAUGUUCACCUUCCAGGGAUUCUCCAGCUUCCAUGAACACCAAAUCACACUUUUUGCAGUGUUCCUCAUUUUGUACAUCAUAACUCUAGCCAGCAAUGUCAUCAUUGUGACCGUCAUCUGCUUUGACCGCCAUCUUCAUACCCCCAUGUACUUCUUCCUGAGCAUCUUGUCCACUUCUGAGACAUUGUACACAUUGGUUAUCAUCCCACGAAUGCUGUCAAGCCUCAUAGGAUGGAAUCAGUCAAUCUCAUUGGAAGGCUGCGCCACUCAAAUGUUCUUCUUUGUCACUUUGGCCAUCAACAACUGCUUCCUGCUCACAGUAAUGGGUUAUGAUCGUUAUGUGGCCAUUUGCAACCCCCUGAGAUAUAUGAUUGUCAUGAAUAAAAAGGUAUGUGCUUACUUAGUGUGUGGGGCAUUUGCCAUUGGUCUGACCAUGGCAUCUGUACAGGUGACAUCCAUAUUCAGUUUGCCUUUCUGUGAAGCAGAGGUGGCCCACUUCUACUGUGAUAUCCUCCCCAUGAUGAAACUUGCCUGUAUAGAUACAACAAUCAAUGAGAUCAUCAACUUUGUUGUCAGCUUAGGAGUGAUCCUGGUGCCUAUGGGCUUAGUUUUUAUCUCUUAUAUUCUCAUUAUCUCUGCCAUCCUCAAAAUAGCCUCAUCUGAGGGGCGGAAAAAGACCUUUGCCACUUGUGCCUCUCAUCUCACAGUGGUUAUUGUUCACUAUGGCUGUGCAUCUAUUGCCUAUCUCAAGCCCAAGUCAGAAAAUUCAAUGGAACAAGACAGACUACUCUCUAUUACUUACACACUCAUCACACCAUUGUUGAACCCUGUUGUGUACAGCCUGAGAAAUAAAGAAGUCAAAGAUGCUCUAAGGAGAGCCAUAGGCAAAAAGCUACCCUAA